UUUGGGUAAUUACACAUAUGUUAUGGAAUGGUUCAAAUGAUGACUUUGCAAGAACAGAUGUAUGAAUGGAAGGAAAUAUUGGGGAGUAACCCAUUUGCCCUUCUACAAAGAUAGAAUGGAUGCCAGUGAUGGGGGAGGAGGGUUACGCGCCCUCUUCCUCUGCUUUCGCCCUUUUUCUAAUGGCAUUAAAAUAGUAUUUCUGCCAAUCAACUGUCCCAUUCCUAGACGGCUGCAAAGGUUCCUGACUAGCAUGUGUCUCAGUUUAGUAUUUACUCUAUUAUUGUCUAGCUUUUUAAUUAUUUGAUUUUUCAACAAAUGUAUCGGGUUUGUAAAGCUGAAUUUUCUUUUUUAAUCCACCACGAAAAUGAUAAGCAUAGAUAGAUUGAGUUGUGAUCUCCUGUAGUGGCAUAGAUAGAUUGAGUUGAGAUCUCCUGUAGUGGCUUUUUCCAGAUUUUUUUUUUAAAGUCAUGCCAAUCAUCCGGCUAUAUGUCAAUUCGUUUUUUUUUUCAGAUAAAUUAUAACAUUGUUGGUUUGUAAUUAUGUCAACAAAAUUUGCACAUGUCUGUUACUAACCUACUUAAUGCUGGCUAUACGUCUAGUAAUUAUAGUCCCGUUUGUUAAGCUACUGAAAUAUUUUUGAUGUGAAACCAUCAUUCCUAUGGUACAUGUUGCAUGUUUAUGCCUUCGCAAAAGAUGUUGUUGAUAAUGCAGCCAAUUUUUAGGAGCUUCUUUUUUAGCUUUAGCCGUCAGUCAGUGCAAGGUAAUAUUUUGAAUGUGUUUUCCUGUAUAGUUGGAUAUUUUUGUGCAUGGCUUAUAUCACUCUCUGUCACUCGUUUCUUGUAUUUUCGAUUUGGGAUCAUUUAUUUGCUGCAUGUAAAUCUGCCGUUUUGAACUUUAAAAAGCCCUUUGAAUGCUAGUAGUUGCAAAGCAGAAUAACAUUGUGCUUCUUGCUACUGCCCGCUUAUUCUUCCCUGUUUAUAAGCUAAUGCCACCUUAUGUUGCUGUAAGCGGGAGGAAUGCAACAUGGAGGUUGCCAAAAGCAGCUAUAAUUCCUAACUUCCAUCUCCCAAUGCGUAGUUUUGAAGUUAAAAACAGGACUUCUACAGAGGACAUAAAGUCUCUUAGAUUGAUAACUGCCAUCAAAACCCCGUAUCUACCAGAUGGGAGAUUUGAUCUCGAGGCAUAUGAUGCCUUGGUGAACAUGCAGAUUGAAAAUGGAGCUGAGGGAGUGAUCGUCGGUGGCACUACUGGUGAAGGCCAGUUGAUGAGCUGGGAUGAACACAUCAUGCUAAUUGGUCACACAGUCAACUGUUUUGGUGGAUCUAUCAAGGUCAUUGGAAACACGGGAAGUAACUCCACAAGAGAAGCAGUACAUGCCACUGAACAGGGUUUUGCAGUGGGAAUGCAUGCAGCCCUUCACAUCAAUCCUUACUAUGGGAAAACAUCCAUGGAGGGCUUGGUUUCUCAUUUUGGCAGUGUGCUCCCUAUGGGCCCUACCAUCAUUUAUAAUGUACCAUCACGAACUGGCCAAGAUAUCCAGCCACGUGUCAUUCAUACUCUGGCGCAGAGUGCCAACUUGGCAGGUGUUAAGGAAUGUGUCGGAAAUGAUCGAGUAGCACAGUAUACAGACAAGGGGAUUGUUGUGUGGAGCGGGAAUGAUGAUCAGUGUCAUGAUUCAAGGAUGGUUGGGCUUAUCUGCAAAAUGCGGUUGGGUAGUUUUGCAGCAAAGUUGGAUGUUAAGAUCCCAAAGUUUACUCAACUUCGGCCAUACUUGAGCUAAUGUCCAGAUGAUGAACCUUUAGUGCUAAGUGCACUCACACAGUUGUAGGAUAUUUUGCUACAUAAAUCCUAGCAAAUCGAUGUGUGCCUAAAUCUGGAGGAUAGGAUUAUAAGAAAGGUGGAGCGUCUGUAAUAUGGUGGCGGCAAAGUGAAGCAUCUAAGGUGAGCAUUCUAGCUUUUUCGGUUUAUCCCUCUUGCACGGAUGUUUUAUCGCUAUAGCUUUCUUCAUCUCUCCCUCUUGCCUGUAUGUGUAGGCCUGUAAGAUUUAGCCAUGUAGUCUUCUCAUUUUUUUAUCACUGAAAAAAGUUCAUGGCCCUUUAGUUGUGGAACUACUUGUUACUUGGCAAGGAAAUGUUAAGUUUUUGAAGCCCAUUGUUGAAUAGGGAAUAGUUUAUUCCGAAGGAAAAAUAAUCUAAAUAGGGGAAAACUGUUGGGGUAUGAGAUUAUGUAUUUUUUUGCAGGAUAUUAGACCCAAAAUUGACAAUGGGGAAAAGUUGGUUGUGUC